AUGUCAUCACUGGUGAAGGAGGAUCUCAACAAGAAGCUAUUCAGAUCUCUAGGGCAAAACUUGUAUGGGUUCAUUGAAGUUGAGUGUUCAGGCCAAGAUCGGUUUUACCUCUGUGCUUCAGUGUCAAAAGGUGAAGAAGUACAAAUAUCUGUGGUAAAACACUGUAGAACUGGUCUUGAUGAGAACUAUGAAAUAUCUGAAAAAUGGCUUCUAGAUGAUUUGGAGAUGAUAGAUGGAAAAGAGGCUGAUGCUGAUAAUCCAUGGUUUGAUAUGCAUUUCAACAAAGUUUACAGUUGGGAAGCUUACAGCUGUGCAUCUAAAUAUGCCUUUGCAAGAACAUUAAACAAGUUGAAUGAGAUGUACCUGCGGAAGGACUUGAAGAUUGUGAACUUUGAUUUUACCUAUAUUAAGGAUGAAGCACUCUGGGCAUCUAAUAAUGGGGAUUGCUUUGUACUUAUGAGAAUAUGCUUUUAUGCAUCCAAUCUUUUGUGUCUGUCUCUGUGUCCCCUGCCAGGCUGA